ACGGUUUUUGCGACGGGUUGCUAGCAUCGACAGUUGCAAGAGAUCAGGUUGCAUCGAGCUACUGGCGCGAUGCAGGAGGCGCCGCCGAUGAUCGACGACUCGGUGAAUACGUGCAAGAGCUCGGUCUUCCUGCUGCUGCUGGCGGUGCAGAUCGGCGUGCAGCCUGUCUUGAUGGCGUGGUACGCUGCCGAGGCCACCAACGUCCCGCUGCGCAUCGUCGUCAUCAACGUCAUGAAGGUGGGCCUUGCGCUCGGACCGCUGCUUGUCAGCGGACGCUGCCGGCAAGAGCUCUCGCAGUGGUCUCCGGCAAUUGCGCUGCGCACGACGGUGCUGCCCGCCUGCAUCUACGUCGUUCAAGACUACCUCAACCAGACGGCCGUCAUCUUGCUCGACGGCGUCACGUACAACGUCCUCAACCAGACCAAGAUCAUCUGGACCGCGCUCUUUGUGUACUACAUGCUGGGGAAGCGCCAGUCCCAUAUUCAGCUCGGCGCGCUCGUGCUCCUCGUCGCCUCGGCCGUGCUCAUCGCGGUCGGCGGCCGCUCGGCCAAUGCCGUCGUCGCCGACGAGCUCGCACGCAUCACCGGCAUGACACGUGCCUGCAUUGCCGCCGUGCUCUCGGCGCUCGCCGGCACAAUCAUUCAGAAGGCGCUGCAGCGCGAGGCGCGUGACGCGUACGUCGUCACGAUCGAGCUAGCGGGCAUCAGCAUUUUUACCAACGUCUGGCCCAUUGUGCUCGGCGCGUCGGCGGAGAGCGCGUCACCGCUUUGGGAUGGCUGGACGGGCCUGACGUUGGUGACGCUCUUCAUACAAGCAUGCGGCGGUGUUCUUGUCGGCUUUGUGAUCAAGUACUCGGGCAACAUCAAGAAGAGCUUUGCGGUUGUGCUCGGCUUGCUCUUGACGGCCGUGCUCGAGAGCGUCUGGAACGGCAAGGCAUUUGGGGCACCGGGGUACAUCGCCUCGAUCUGCGUCAUGCUGAGCACGCUCCUGUACACAAAGUACCCGCCAGCGUCACCGAACCCUGUCAAGCCGGGGCACGAGAGUCCUACCGAUGACGACGACGAGACCGAGAGAUAUGGCGACGAUGCUAGUGUGAAGAAGCAGCUCUUGCGGCCACGCGGCGGUCAUCACCGCCAAGUUGCCACGGAAGGCGAUGCAGUUGCGCCAGCCCUCGAGGCCGGUGAGCUCAUUCCAGUCGAUACGCUGCCUGCGCCAAAGGCGUAGCUGCUCUGUACCAUACUGUAUACACGAGGAUCGUAGGCGACGAGUAAGAGUUGUAGGACGCUGCUAAAGUUAUAUAGGAAAACGAGCGUCUCUGUCGGAUA